GCAUUGGAAGUAAACGGGGGUCUCAGUAUGGACAAAAAAGAUGGGGAACUAUCUCUGCAGGAAUCGCCCAGUUCGGAGGAAAGUUUCUCAAGCACUGCAAGCGCACAGUGCUGUAGCUCAGACAGGGAUUUGGAGAAGGCAGAGAACUUAGUUGAUCCGAAGUAUGUGAAUCAGGUGGAAGCAGCUCAAGGAAAGCCGAGGAAAUCCGCCAGCGAUCUUUCGGGCGGGAAUAGCUAUGCCACAAAUAAAAAUGUGGCUGAAGGCCUCAUGGAUAUAGCUCUUCUGUCCGCGAAUGCAAAUCAGCUGCGUUUCCUAAUCACCUACAACGACAAGGCUUCCACCUACAUAUACAGCCUGAUUCUGGUAAUACUCUCGCUGAGUCUGCAGCUGCUCGUAGGCCUUAUGCUGAUCUUUAAAAGGCGUAUCAAAAGAUGUCAGCAUAGUCGCUAUGCGAGGACCAAUGAGCUACUGGUAAUGGGAGUUUUCAUGAUUACUGUGAUCAAUAUCCUGCUGGCAGCAUUCACCACAACAGACGGAAACACGCAUUAGAAGAGAAUGGUUUU